AUGUCUGUCACGAUCGAGGGCUUUCUUACAAACGUCAAGUACAAGAACGUCGUGUUGACGUGGUCGGACAAUGAUAUUGUCGUAGCCGCACCUCGCAAAGAGGAUCCAUUGCCACUGCAGACGUGGAAGGUGGUCGUUGGCGCUAAUAACAAACUGGAGGGGCCAAUCCGGAACGUGGGAUCCAACUUUUACAUUGGAUGGGGUGCUCAUUAUGAUGAUGUCAUUGGCAAUGUCACAAACGACAGUUAUCAAUGGCAGCUUGCGGGUUCAGACCCGCUUUAUGGAUCAUUGCAUUUCCAAAUCAAGAAUGAUACGAAAACGUACACAUUGGUCGCAACGUCUGACAAGGCUGUCGGCCUCGAUGCCAGCACAACUGGGAUAGUCCCCGAAGAGGGAAAGUGGGUGUUGUCGAAGCCCACUUAG